AUGAAACUUCUACCACUAGAUGUAUCCGAUAAUGAUAAUAACGGUGAUUAUGGUUCAUUACAACCUAUUGAUUCACUACCACCACCACCAAAUACAAAAACAUUAAAAAUAAAACUAUUAAAAAAUACUUAUAAACCACUGUACGGUUAUGUGAUUUUAAUACCGGUAUUUAUACCAAGUCAAACAAUUUGGCCCUCACCAAUACCAGUAUUUUUGGAUCGAACACAGAUAUCGUACAUUGAUAGUGAAUUAGCUAAAAGAGAAUUUGAACAACAAGAUAAUAAUGAUGAUACAGAUAGUGAAGAAUCAACUCAUUUAAAACCAAAGACCAGAGGGAAUUUAUUUAGCAUCAAUGAUGUGGACAAACAUAAUCAAACUCAACAAUGGAUAAACGAACAGUCAAGUUCAUCGAUAUUUACGGAUGUUGAUGAGAAUGAAACUGAUGAACAAAUAAAUGAUGUUCAUGAUGAAUCUAUUGAUGCUUAUUCAGAAAAAACUGACCAACUCGAUCAAACUAGUUUCAGUCUUUAUGUUCAUCCAGUUCUUCAUUUCACUAAUCUCUCACCAAUUGAUAUUCAACGUUCAAUUGAUAAUAUCGAAAUAAUCGAUUUAAAGCCAAGUGAAUUUAAAAAAUUCACAUCUGGCAACAAACAUUCCACAUUAAUCUUCACUAUAUCAUGUUAUGAUAAUAUUAAAUGGGUAUCAGAACCAAUCGAUUUAAAAGUUGAAGAAAAAGCUGAUCAUAUUGAACGUCGGGUUAUUUUUCAUGAAGCUGCUUCUUCUGAUCCUCAACCAGUAUUGAGAGUGGUUUUACGUGUUGAUACAUUUCAUUCAUCGCAUGUUGUUUAUUAUUAUUUUCUAUGA